AUGCAUGAUCGUAUCGAAGAAAUGGGUAUGAAUAUUGUUCGUCGUUUGCACCCUCAUGAGCCUCAAAGGCAUAACAGAUUAUGGGUUAAAAAAGAAGUAGAAUAUAUCUUGGUUAAUGAGUUGGGUACCGAAGCAACACUAAGUAUAAGACUACAGUAUACGGAACUCCAUCCAUCUAUAAUUAUGAAAGGUCUUACAAAGAUGAAGAAGCUUAGAUAUCUUUACAUUAGUGGGAGAGAUUGUUUUAUUGAAAGAUUUAUAGCAUAUAAGCCUGUUAAAAUUGGAAUGGGUUGCAGCAACAUCUCUCAAAAGGAAGGGGGAGAAAGAAAGGUUCUUAAUGAGCUCAAAUUUCUUAACAUUAAGCAUACAGAGUUCAGAAUCUUUGACCUUGGGUUGACUCCAGAUCUCGAGAGGUUAGAUCUAUCAGGAUGUUAUGACUUUGAAGAACCCCAUGUACCUGUUGAAAGUCUCAAGCUCAAGUCCCUUGUCCUCCAUAGUUCUAUAUUGAGUAAACUUGACCUUCGGCUAAUUACUCCACAACUCGAGACAUUAAAUCUUGAAGGUUGUAACAACAUUGAAGAACUCCACAUGCCCGUUGAAUGUCCCAAGCUAAAGUCCUUUGUCCUGAAUCAUUCUAAGUUGAGUAAACUUGACCUAGGCCAGACUCCAUAA